AUGGAUUUGGCGUGCCGGAACGCCACGGAGGAGCCGACCGAAGCCAAUCUCGUGCGACUGCUGGAUCUGUGGUCGGCGGACUGGAAGCACCGGGGCCGCACCCGGGCGGUGGGGCCGGGGGCCUAUGAGCGAUAUGCAACGCUGGGGCUCUUCGGGCACGGCGGGGUGGUCGGAGCAGCCGUGAACGGGUUUCUCAAGAGCCGCUUUCCGUGGCACCUCCAUCGCCACUAUGCAGGAGGGCGGGUGUGGAUCGAAGAUGACGAAGGGGACUCCACGGCGUGGCUGGCCGACAAGAAAGGGGGGCGAGAGCUGCGGGGUCGGUGGCUGGACAUGCACGAUGAGCCGGUGAGCUUCGAUGCUCGCCGCUAUCACAUGGUGGUGCCCACACGAAGGCAGCACGGCGGGGCCGGGAGAUCGCCGUUCGCGGACUCGCGAGCUGACUGCGGGCUACCUACGAGCUGCCGACGAGCAACCUACGAGCCGCCGACGAGCAGCCUACGAGCCGCCGACGAGCAGCCUACGAGCAACAUCGAGCAGAGCCGCUGA